AUGCCCGGCCUCCUACAGCGAAGAAAGUCGGGGAAACCCGCCAACCUGACCCUGACGGUGGAGACGAAGUCCAACUCCUAUGACGGCUUCAAUCACGCCAUUUGCCACGAGGUCGAAGAGCGAUAUGUGCUGCUUGAAAAAAUCGGUCGUGGUUCAAGUGGGCAAGUGUUCCGAGCUCGGCGGAAGGAGGAUGACAUGCAAGUUGCCUUAAAGUUCAUGUCAGCAACCAGUACGGACGUGGUUGUCUCACGACGCGCUGAGUUUGAGAUUCUUGGCCGCCUGAGUCAUCCCAACAUCGUGAAAGCUCUGGAGUUCUUCUGUUCGGACUGCACAGCAGUCCUCGCCUUGAGCUACCACGCAGGUGGCACGCUCUGCAGGGCUGUCAGAGACUCCACAGACAGCCGCUUGUCGGAAACGGCCGCUCAGCUGCUCUUCUACCAGCUCAUGUCAGCAGUCUCCUACUUGCAUGAGCACCGCAUCGUGCAUCGGGAUGUAAAAGCCGACAAUGUUCUGGUGUCGCCUGAUUUGAUGGACCUGCACCUUGUUGAUUUCAACACCGCGCGGCCUCUCCUGGAGGGUGGCUCGCUUACGAUGACGGGAACUACAGAGUACGCCGCCCCGGAGGUCUUGAACGGGGAAUCGCCCUCCGAGCAGCAUGAUGUCUGGGGUGCCGGCUUGUGUCUGCACUUGAUGCUGAUCGGGUCACUUCCUCAUCGUAUCAGUGGAUAUCCCAGUCUGACAACGUUUGCAGCAGCCGUUUGCGCAGCGCCGGUGCUGUGCCAAAGCGUCCAGUGGGAAGCCAUUUCACCGGAGUGCCAAGAUGUUGUGAAGCGGUGCUUGGCAAUCACAAAGCAUGCGCGGCCUUCCGCACCACUGGUCCUCACCAUGCCUUGGCUGAAUCAGUUGGCAGAGCCGCUGGUACAGCGGAGACUAUCCACGUACGCCGCAUCAUUGACAUCAGACGACGAGCCCUGGCAAAUGCUGGACUCGCCGAUUUCUGCGCCCCGCUUGCGUACUCAGCCUGCGCAACGGCAGGCUGAGUACGCAGUGUGGCUGUGA